AGAAGCUCUCUUGUGUCCCUUUUGUCAAACCCACGGGUCCACACAUUAAAAGACAGAUAAGGCUCCAUCUCACUUCUUCUUCCUACUCUUUCAAAGCAAUUAGAAUAGUCAAGAACUUUCUCCCUUUCAUACCCAUGGGUCCUACACCAAAAGAAAGAAAAGCUCUCAACUCUUCUCUCCCUCUCACACCUAUAGGUCUAGCAGCAAGAAGAAAGCUUCUUUCAACUCUCUCAAGCUCUCUACCUCUCAUACUUUCGGGUCCAGUCACUAGGAAAGGGAAAUCCUUUCAUGCAAGAGUGAUUCUAUGUCUAUUUCCCUCAAGAACCAUAAAUUGGUGUUACCAGUUCCCAAGUCUAAGCUCCUUCGACUGUAGGCUUUCAAUUCCUCUGCUUUCAGUCAACAGGUUUUAUUUUGGAGCAGAGGGAGCCUUUGUCAAGUUUUGGAAGGAACUAGUUUUAGUUUUAAUGUAUAGAUCCCAAAUUAGCAGUUGAUAUUUUGCUUGGUAGUAUUGUGUAUUUUAAGAUCUAAUGAUAGUUGUGUACCUUAAAGUAUUAAGAGAUGUAUUAUGUGAAAGUGUGGAUAUUGAAUGAUUGGUGGAUUAUGUUAUUCUUUGAGUAUAGUGUAGAUGCUCUGAAUA